AUGGCUCGCCGUGGACACCUAGAUGGACUGACUGCCCAAGCUCCAGCUCUGAUGCGCCAUGGUUCCUUCGCUGCAGGCAGCCUCUCUAGCCACUCACCUUUGCAGUCUUCAUCCACACUGGAGAUGCUGGAGAGCAAGCUUGGCAUGCAAACUGCAGAAGUGGAAAAGCUUAUCAUGGAGAAUCAGCGGUUAGCAUCAAGCCAUGUGGUCUUGAGGCAGGACAUCGUUGAUACGGAGAAAGAGAUGCAAAUGAUCCGCACCCACCUAGGUGAAGUUCAGACAGAGACUGAUUUGCAGAUUAGAGAUUUAUUGGAGAGAAUCAGAUUAAUGGAGGCAGACAUACAUAGUGGUGAUGCAGUGAAGAAGGAGCUUCACCAAGUGCAUAUGGAGGCAAAGAGACUUAUUACUGAAAGGCAGAUGCUAACCCUUGAGAUAGAGAAUCUGACUAAAGAAUUACAUAAACUCUCUGCCUCUGGUGAUGGUAAAAGCCUUCCUGAAUUGCUUGCUGAGCUAGAUGGGCUACGGAAAGAGCAUCAUAAUUUACGAUCUCAAUUUGAAUAUGAGAAAAAUACAAACAUCAAGCAAGUUGAGCAGAUGCGGACAAUGGAAAUGAACCUGAUAACCAUGACUAAACAAGCUGAGAAGUUACGUGGUGAUGUGGCAAAUGCUGAAAGACGGGCACAGGCAGCUGCGGCUCAAGCAGCGGCACAUGCAGCUGGUGCACAGGUGACAGCUUCACAGCCUGGGACAGCUCAAGCUACAGCGGUUUCAGCAGCAGCUACAGACCCAUAUGCAGGUGCAUAUGCCAGUUACCCCUCGGCAUAUCAGCAGGGAGCCCAGGCUGGGGCAUAUCAGCAGGGAGCCCAGGCUGGGGCAUAUCAGCAGGGAACCCAGGCUGGGGCAUAUCAGCAAGGAAACCAGGCUGGAGCAUACACCUAUGCUUAUGAUGCUGCCACGGCUUACGCAUAUGCAGGUUACUCUGGCUAUCCAGUUGCAGGCUAUGCGCAAAGUGCAGUGCCCAAUUAUUCCUAUGCCGUACCUCCACAGCCAAGCAGCGGUGCAGCUACAGACGCCGCAAGCCUGUAUGGCACAGCUGGUAGUGCUGGAUAUCCUACUGGGCAAGUUCAGCCGAGCAGUGCCACUGCAAAUGCAGCGCAACCACCUCCACCACCGCGGGCAGCACCAUAUCCUAGCACAUAUGACCAAACCAGAGGAGCCCAGAGGUGA